GAUGACAUCUAAUUUCGAAGUUGAGCUCGUCAACGAUUCUGUUCGAGAGUUCCAGGUUACGUUCCACGGACCGGCAGAUAGUGAGUCGAGAACGGGUCCCGUGCCGAAUGGGGCUUCAUUGCCCCUUUGCUUAUCUCGUGUGGCUAACGGUGAUCUCCGCGCAGCUUUGUAUGUUGGAGGCGUUUGGAAGAUACAUGUAGAGCUGCCGGAACAGUAUCCCUACAAGAGCCCCAGUAUUGGAUUCAUGAACAAGAUUCUGCACCCCAAUAUCGACGAAAUGUGA